AUGCCGCUGAUCGUCCGCGGUCUCAAGGAUCGAGAUGAGAGGACCAAGCGGCGAGCCUUGGUCAUCGCGGACAACAUGUGCAAGCUGGUCCCAGAUGUUACGGAGAUCCAGCCAUUCCUUCCCACGCUCAUCCCGUUGGUUGAGAAGGCAACACACAACAUCUCGGACCCUGAGGUGCGAAGCGUGGCCACUCGCUGCUUCGCCACGUUGCAAGCGGCCGACAAGGCAGAUCGGCGAAAGUUCAUCAGCAAGGCAGCGGUUCUUGACCUUCUGCAAGAAAAGAUCCCAGAAGACAAGCUGGAGCUGGUCAGCGAAAUCGUUACCGAUUACGUGGCAUCAUUGUGUGCCUGCAUGAGCGCCUGCCGCAGUUUUGAGCAUGCGGAAUGGUGGCAAUGCAUGGCGCCUUACCUCACGCCCUCGAUUUUGUCGGAGGAGGAGUGUGAAGACUUGGUGCCCGACCUCUUAGAAAGCUGCUACGAUGCCGCCGAGGGAGAAGAUGUUGAAGACCUUGAGGAAGAAGGUGAAGAUCUUUGCAACUGCGUCUUCACGCUGGGCUAUGGUGCUCUCACGCUGCUGAACAACACUAGGCUACACCUGAAAAGGGGGCGGUGCUACGGCCUUUGCGGUCCCAACGACUGUGGGAAGAGCACGCUCCUCAAAGCCAUCAACAACGAGCAGGUGGACGGAUUCCCGCCCAAGAGCGAGCUGGUCACGGCCUUUGUGGAGCAUGGGGUGGGGGAGACAGAGCCGGAGUGCGAGUGGACCCCUUUGGAGUACAUCUUCGCGGACGAGACCAUCCUUGCGAUGGGAGUCAAGAAGAAGAAGGUUGUGGCUGCCUUGCGAAGCGUCGGCUUCGAUGAUCACAAGCUCAAGAGCGAGAUCGGUCACCUCUCGGGUGGAUGGAAGAUGAAGCUCGGUCUGGUUCGGGCCAUGCUGAUGUGCGCUGACAUCCUGCUGCUGGAUGAGCCCACAGGCCAUUUGGAUGUAGCGAACGUGGCCUGGCUGGGGGACUACUUGCUUAGCCUGAGCCAAGAUGCCUCGAGACCCGUCACGACGAUUGUCGUCUCACAUGACACCUCUUUCCUGGACAAAGUCUGCACUCACGUGAUCAACGUGAAGCAGAGAAAGCUGAAGACCUACAAGGGGAACAUCACGGACUUUGUGAGGAGGUGUCCCGAGGCCAAGUCCUACCUCAGCCUGACCAGCGAGAAGCAGCGCUUUGUCCUGCCGGAGCCGGGGAUGCUGGAGGGCGUGAAGUCCAAAGGCAAGAAGCUCCUGAAGAUGCAGCACGUGACCUACACCUACCCCGGCAAUGACGCGCCCACGCUGAUCAACGUCAGCAUCGAGGUGUCGCUUCUGAGCCGUGUGGCCGUCAUCGGUCCAAACGGUGCUGGCAAGUCCACCAUGAUCAAGGCACUGGUGGGUGAGUUGCCCAUCACUGGCAAGUCCAUUGUAUGGAAGCAUCCCAAUGUUAGGAUCUCCUACGUUGCUCAGCACGCUUUCCACCAUGUGGAGCAGCACUUGGACAAAACGCCUACGCAGUACUUGCUGUGGCGAUUUGCUGGAGGGGAAGACUGUGAAGCUCUCAAUCAUCGAGCGGAGGAAGUUGUCACAGAGAGGAAAAAGUACUGGCUGAACGAAGCUGGUGUGCUGUGCAAGUGCACCAACGAGAAGGAGGAGGCCCGCGCAGUCUGCCCAGAGCAAAUCCUCGGCAGGAAGAAGUCGAAAUCAAAGGCAAACGCAGCAGAUGAGAAGUAUGAGUACUCGGUGAAGUGGCACGGCAUCACAGAGGCCGCCUCGUGGGUGCCGCGUGAAGUCUUGGUGGAGAUGGGCCACCUGCCUCUCGUCCAGCGCGAGGAUGAGAAGCAAGCUGCGGCGCACGGUCUUGUGACGCGGCCCCUCACACAGCCCCAGGUGGAAGAACACCUGGCUGGCUUUGGCCUGGAUUCCAACCUGGCAUCUCACACCAGGAUCGGCAUCUUGUCCGGCGGCCAGAAGGUGAAGGUUGUUCUUGGGGCCGCCAUGUGGCUGUCUCCUCACCUUCUCAUCCUGGACGAGCCCACCAACUACCUGGACCGAGACUCUUUGGGUGCCCUGGCUGCCGGGCUCAAGGACUUCGGGGGUGGGGUCAUCGUCAUAUCUCACAACCGGGAGUUUUGCCAUGCUGUUUGUGAUGAGCGGUGGAUUAUGGAUGCUGGGAGACUCAGCAGAGAGGGAGAAUCCAGCAAGGCUGAUGUGGCGCUGCAGGGGAAGUUCCUGGCGGAUGAGUACACAGAUGAGUUCGGGAAUGUCCACAAAAUCAAGAAGCAGAACCACACCGACAAGGAGCUUAAGAAGAUAAAGCGGCAGAAGGAGCUUGCUCGAAAGCGUGGCGAUGUAUUCGUCGAGGACGAAGACGAAUGGUGGGAGAAGCUCCAGGAGGAGGUCUCCGCACCCAAGCCAGAGAGCGCACAGAGCACGUAG